CUCCCAGAAGCCUCUACCAUUUGGGUCAAUGAGGAGGCAUUCUGGGAAAUGAAGUCCGAGAGUGGUAAACAGAGCUCAGUGCGUUGGGAAGAGCAUGUGGCGGCGGAGGGUGCGUGAGGCGUCCUCUCUGUGGCGGAGUUGGAGGAGGCCCUCUUCCUCCUCCUCCUCGUCCUUCGGGCCUAGGCUGCUCUCGACGCCCAUCUUCUACGUGAACGGCUCCCCGCACAUUGGGCACCUCUACUCCGCCCUCCUGGCCGACGCCUUGCACAGGCACCGCUUACUCCAGGGAGGAGGAGAAGGAGGGGAAGGCCUCUUCACCACUGGAACUGAUGAACAUGGGCUGAAGAUCCAGUCGGCGGCUGCAGCAGCAGGCACUUCCCCUGAACGCUUCUGCGACCAGGUUUCUGCUCAGUUCCGGGCGCUCUUCACGCAGGCGGGCAUCUCCUACACGGAUUUCAUCCGCACCACCGAACCGCGGCACAGGCGGGCUGUGGAGCACUUCUGGACCGCUCUGCGAGAACGGGGCUGGCUCUACCAGGCUCACUAUGAAGGAUGGUACUGCACCGCUGAGGAAAGCUUUUUGGCUGCCUCCCAGGUCACCGAGCGCCCUGACUCCCAGGGCCAGCUCCACAAAGUUUCAUUGGAGAGUAGCCACCAGGUACAUUGGACCAAGGAGGAGAACUACAUGUUCAAGCUGUCCCAGUUCCAAGAGCCAUUGCUCAAAUGGCUUCGGGAGAGCAAGGCGGCCAUCACCCCAGAGCCCUUCUACCAGCAGGUCCUUCAGUGGCUGGAGCAGGACUUGCCCGACCUCUCCGUGUCCCGCGACCGAAACCGGCUCCAGUGGGGCAUCCCUGUUCCUGGCGACGCAACUCAAACCAUCUACGUCUGGGUGGAUGCCCUCGUGAACUACCUCACCGUCGCCGGCUAUCCCGAGGCCCACCACGCCUUGUGGCCCAACGCCUACCACAUUGUGGGCAAAGACAUCCUCAAGUUCCACGCCAUUUAUUGGCCUGCUCUUCUCAUGGCAGUGGGACUGGAGCCUCCGGCACAGAUCUUAGUGCACUCUCACUGGACGGUUCAAGGGCAGAAGAUGUCCAAGAGCCUGGGCAACGUGGUGGACCCAGUAGCCUGCUUCAAACAGUACUCCGUGGAUGGCUUUAGGUACUUCCUACUGAGGCAGGGCGUCCCUGAUCGUGACUGUGACUAUUAUGAUGAGAAAGCCAUCAACCUAGUCAAUGCGGAGCUGGCGGAUGCCUUGGGUGGGCUCCUCAACCGGUGCACAGCCCCCAGUCUGAACCCCAGUGGGACUUACCCAGGCUUUUCAGAGGCCUGCUUCCCCAGGAGAGGAUCUGGCAGAGCUUUGCCGGAGGAUUACAGGCUGGUGUCAUCCGUUGAAGCUCUCCCUUCAGAAGUCAACGCCUCGUUCGAGUGCUACCAGAUCUACAAGGCCUUAGAAUCCAUCAUGGAUUGCGUGAGGCAAACCAACGGCUUCAUCCAGAGACAUGCGCCCUGGAAGCUGCAAUGCGAGGAUCCUGAGCAGGAAAGCUGGCGCGACACCGUCAUCCAUGUUGUUUUGGAGUGUCUUCGAGUGUAUGGGGUUCUCCUGCAACCGGUGAUCCCGACCAUGGCUGAUAAACUCCUGUCCAGGUUGGGAGUCAGUUCCACAGAGAGGUCUUUCAGGAACUUGCACUUCCUUUCUCGCUACCAUGGUGAGAAGUCUCCGUUUGAAGGGAGGAGGCUUGGGCCUGAUCCUGGGCUCCUCUUUCCUCGGCUGGAGAAACCCAAAAACAGAAGCCCUGGGGACACCUAAAUGUGAUUUUUCCAAGGGAGUCAGGCUCAUUAAAAUCUUUCUGGUGAAGAUGUGGGGACCUUAGCUGCUGAGAGUGUCGGAAAGAUGAAAUUCAGCAGCUCAUUUUAUACUGACUUGGUGGCAAAUGAGUGCUGGCACUGUGCAUGCAUAUGCGCACUCUUUUGCCAGUUUAAUUCACACGAGUUCCGCGGAUAAAUUCACUACUGCAGUGUUUCUCAGACUGGGGUCAGGACCCCUGGGGGAGUCGCAAGGGGGGUGUCAGAGGGGGUCAACAAAGACCAUCGAAAACACUAUUUUCUGUUGGUCAUGGCGGUUCUGUGUGGGAAGUUUGGUCCAAUUUCAUCGUUGGUGGGGUUCAAAAUACCUGGAGGGCCAAAGUUUAUCCAUGCCUGAUCUGUACCCAUUAGAACAGCGUUUCUCAACCUGGGAUUCGGGACCCCUGGGGGGGUCGCGAGGGGGUGUCAGAGGGGUUGCCUAA